CGUUAUUUUCAAAAAAUUAUGAGAGCAGAGGGCGAGGCCAACCUUCGUUCAUGGCGCUCUCACUUUCUCUCUCAUGAUCCCUCUUUCUCUUUCUCUCUCUCUAAACCUCUCUCUUUCUCUCUCUACAGAGAGAAGCCCCAUUUUCCGGUCAAUUCUCACCCACCCCAUCGACGCCGGAAUCUUCCCCUUUCUUGAGAACCCGGGGGUUUGCUUUCUAUCCCUCUUUGUAAAAACCAGAUGAGAGCCCGAAACUGUAAUUCUCCGCCAUAGCCAAAAUGAUAGUGAGGACGUACCACAGGCGGAGCCGCUGCAAUGGCCGAGCCCUCUCUGAUUGCAGUAGCUAUGGCGAUGAGGACAGCUUCAGGGAAUCUCUCUCUCAAGAAAGCUCUCAGGAAAUGUUCUCUUACCCCUUCUCGUCUCAGGACUCCUCUUCCUGGUCCAUGGAGGCUACAGAAUUGUGCCCUUCAUCAAAAGACCUAGAUCUAUGGCCCCUCCCCCCUCGCCCCCUUGUCAAUUCAUCCGAUUGUCCAAAAUCAAAGAAACCGAGAACCCUAAUUUCUGAAACCAUGGAUAAUGUCGAUGUUUCAGAGGAGAUGGAUGGCUCGAGAAGAAAUAAGGGGGUCUGGUCGUCUUGUGUUCCCGCAACUGCCAGUUUAAUGGAGGCUCAAGAGUUUGGUGAGAUGAUGGAGCAUGUUGAUGAAGCCUAUUUUGCAUUGGAUGGUUUGAGACCAGGCCAACCUCUGAGGAUUCAGAGAGCCAGUCUCUUAUCGCUGCUAUCCAUAUGUGGAACCUCGCAACAAAGGCGUGUUCUCAGAGCUCAGGGGAUGGCUAAGGCAAUCUUUGAUGCCAUACUAAUUUUGCACACUGAUGAUUCUCCAAGCACUCUUGCUGCUGCAGCUAUUUUUUUUGUCUUGGCAAGUGAUGGUCAAGAUGAACAUUUGCUGGAAUCUUCUGAGUGUGUUAAGUUUCUCCUUAAGUUAUUGCAUCCACCAAAGACGGUUACUAUUGAGAAGAAAGUGCCAACAAUUGGCAGUAAGCUUCUAGCAGCACGUGUGGAUAGUGGACUGUUGAGAGCUAAACCUGAAAGUUCAGAUGCUAAUGUUUCUGCAAUUGAUGCAAAAGUUCUGGAGAUCCUCCAUAUUGGUGAGGAGAUGAAAUUGAUCAGAACAGAGGAAAAUAGAAUGAGAAGGCCAGAGCUGAGCUCGAAAUGGAUAGCUUUACUGACCUUGGAGAAAGCAUGUUUAUCAACUGUUGCUCUUGAAGACACUUCUGGUUCAGUUAGAAGGGUUGGAGGAAAGUUUAAGGAAAGAUUUCGGGAACUUGGGGGUCUGGAUUCCAUUGUUGAUGUCAUCGUUGACUGCCAUUCUGUUCUGGAGGGAGUUUUAAAGCAUAGUUCUCUUGCAGUUCAUAAAUUAAAAAGCGAAGGAGCUUUGCAAAGUUUAGCGCUACUCUUAAGAUGCUUUAAGAUUAUAGAGAAUGCCACGUUUCUUAGUAAAGAGAACCAGAAUCAUUUACUGGAGAUGAAUGCGAAGUUGGAAUGUCCGGGAUCACCACUAUCUUUCGUUGGACUCAUCCUGAGUGCCAUCAAAAUAAUUUCAGGACUUAUUUUGCUUGGGAAACGAGAUUCUCCUAGUUCCUCAAGCAGAGGAAAAUCAUUCGAUGAUUUCGAAGAGUUGAAAGGUAAGUCAGAUUCGAAGCUAACUUGUUCUCUUGAAGAGUUAUACCACAAGGAGAAGCCAUCCAUUUUAAUUAAAAAUGGUAUGAGCCGCAAAGUCUAUCGAGACUAUCAGAGUUUUAGUUCACAGACGGAGUAUUCUUUUACAGAUUCUAUGACUACUAGUUCAUGUGGGGCUAAUACUUUUUCAGUAAAGGAGCCUGCUCAUUCCAAGGAGAAAGCUGAAGAUUUAAAUGGGAGAAUAUCUUCUAUAAAUGAUAAUGGUGUAAAGGAAAAAUCAGCUGUCCUGGGUAAGAGGUGCUUGUCUGAAGAUGUUGAAUGCAAGUCUGUGGACAGUCAAGAUCCAUUUGCAUUUGAUGAGUAUGACAUGGAACCUUCAAAGUGGGAGCAGAUCUCAUCGAUAUACAAACGUACAUCUCGAAGUGAGAAUACGGUCAGUGCUGACACAGAGUUGGAUGAUGGACAUGAACUCAAGCUUGCAACCAGAACUAAUGGAAAAGCAGUGAAUGGCAAGGCAUGUCAUGUUUCAGUGGACACAUGUUCCUCUAUGAUUGCAGAAGAGGACAUUCUGGACGAUUGCCUUCGUGCAGCUAUAAAGGUGUUGAUGAAUCUUACAAAUGACAAUUCGGUGGGCUGUAAAGAAAUUGCAGCUUGUGGAGGACUUGACACUAUGGCUGCCCUAAUAGUUGGUCACUUCCCAAUAUUUCAUUCGUCCUUAUCUCUAUCUCAUGAUAAUGAAGAUAUUACACCAUCCUUGAAAACGGAAAUCUGUGAUUUGGAUCGGAAUGACAAGGAUUAUCUUAGUGAUCAUGAAAUGGAGUUACUAGUUGCCAUUUUGGGGGUGCUUGUGAAUUUGGUUGAGAAGGACACUGGAAACAGAACACAGCUUGCAGCUGCUAGUGUUCUACUACCAGAUGGUGGAAGAUCCGAAGAAGGCAAGGGGAGUCGUCAGGCUGUUAUUCCUCUCCUAUGCUCCAUCUUCUUGGCCAACCAAGGAGCUGGUGAGACGGUCAAUGAUGGAACGAUAUCGCCUUGGGAUGAUGAAGCUGCUAUAUUGCAAGGGGAGCGUGAAGCCGAAAAGAUGAUUGUGGAAGCAUAUGCAGCUUUGCUUCUUGCGUUCCUCUCGAAUGAAAGUGUGAAUGCUCGUGAAGCCAUUGCCCGUUGCCUCCCAGAGCAUAAUUUGAGAGCACUCGUACCAGUUUUGGAGAGAUUUGUGGCAUUCCAUUUAACUUUGAACAUGAUUUCCCCGGAUACACAUGCAAUUGUUUGUGAAGUAAUUGAAUCGUGUAGAAUGCCUUAGUGGCGUGCUGAUUCUGUACAUUCUCCCUCCUCCCCA